AUGCAACCUCAAUUAGGUGAUGCUAAAGUAACGCCUGCCACAACCAAGACAAAAUCACAGUCGCCGUCGAAAAUGCCAAAUGUGUCUCAAGUAGAGCAGAUCGUUUCGGCUUCCUUGCAGCCCCCUAACAUUCAGACGAGUAAACCCAGAGCUAGGCGGCUGUCCAUGACUGGAGAUCGAGCCUCUGGUCCCAUUUCGCCCACACCCAGACGGAAUGGUACCAAGAAGGUGGCAGCAGACAUAAACAAUAGAGUGGAUGACCCAGUUGGUAAAUUUCGUGUGAUAAUUGACGAGUCAGUAGUUUCUGCUCUUUUGGAUUGCGCAUUUUCAGAUUAUAAACAUGAAGUCAUGGGAUAUUUGGGAGGAAGGUUUGACGCUGAUUCGAAUGACAACGAAGCUAUAGUUUGUCGCAUAAAUCAUUUUGUUGCAUCUGAGAGGAAUGUCGUGUCUAUGUUGACUACCACAGUUCGAGAAGUUGAGGCAGCGUUGGAUGAGGCAGUAAAGACUUUCGCUGAAAUGGGAUACCGUCUAGUUGGAUGGUAUCGAAGUAAUCUCCCAAAUAGCCAUAAAUCAAUUCCGGUUGAUAGAGAUAUUAGGAAGCAGCAAUCAAUACAGUUACAGUCUCCGAAUAGCAUUGGUUUGAUUGUUUCUGUAUCUACCAGAAUACGUCCUGAAUCUGGCUUGGGCGCUUAUGCGUCUAUUAAUCCGGCAUAUGGGAUGCAUAUCUUCAGAACGAGCGGCGCAAAUGGUUUACAUUCAUAUGCAAGCAAUUCCCAUAAUAAUUUCCCUCCAUACAAGACGAGUAGAUCGGGGAAAGGGAAGGGAACUGAAAAUGACACCAUUCAUAGAGUAUCAUAUACAGUACAAAGACAAGCUUAUAUGUCUCCAAGAAUAAUGCAACAGAUGACGUGUACAAUGAUGAACACUUUGCGAGAAUCAAAGCAAGUGUACUCGCAACAACUCGUCGACUGUGACAAUAAAAAUGUACAGAGAAUUUUCGUAGAUUCGGAAUAUGAAUCCUUCUUGAUUAAUUUCUUAAAAAAGAGCGUACUACAGUUUGAUAAAACCAUAGAACAAGACUUUAGAUCAUUGGCAAUUACUAAACACCAUAUCAAGACACUAAUAUCAACGAGGAUAAAUGAUAUCCUUACAAAAUGGCAGAAAUAUCGCAAUGGAGAUGCGAAAGAGAACGCGAUACGGCGUAGAGAAUUAGAGGCUUUGGCUGGAAAGCAUCUGUAUCGUAUCUUUGGGAAAGAUAUUAAGACAGAAUCUCCAGCUGUAGAGAAUGCAUACAGAGUGACGAGAUGGCUCAACCUGAAUACGCCAACUGUUGAUGUCACCAGCCGUGAUGAUACAACGCGCUCAGCAUCCACUGCAAACUUCACUUCUGCUGCUCUGGGGUCUCCGGUGGUUUCGGAUUACUUUUCUUCUUUAAAGAGCGAAAUGGAUGGGGAUGAAAUGAUGACACCAACAACAUCAAUACACCAGUUUCCGAUACAUACCAACAAUGUACAAGCUUGCAAUAACAAUAUCUCCGAUGUUGAGGAUAAUGAGUCAAAUAUGGAUACGGAUAUGCAUGAGGCGUCCAUAGUAGUAUCAUCGAUGCAGAACGCGGAAAAAAGUACAAAGAGCAAUGGCAGGAAAAGAUCGUCUAUUUCCUCUAACGAGGCACUACAGUCGCCUCAGAAAAUUGUAAAGACCGAAAGUAAUCGAUCAACGGCCUACAACUCACACCAAUCACACCUUCAUUCAAAUGACAGUAUGACACCGCCAACUAGCCACGAUAGCAUAUCACCAACAAUACCAAUUGCUUCGACAUAUUUAUCUUCUCGCGUGAUAAAUGAACCGAAUGAGACUCAUAUCAAAAACGCAAAUGCACAUUCGUACGCAUAUAAUAACGUGACCAACUACAGAGCAGCAUACCCUAGUCCACAGAAUGGUUUAUCAAUAAGCCAAUCAAUUACGCAACCUGUGGCUAAUGCACUUUCUCCGUCACCAUCACAAUCAAUGACGAAUAAUGCUACGAACAAAAACUCAAAACAUCCAUCCGAAGGGUUAAAUUUGCCCAGCAUACGAGGGUUACUCGAACUAUCAGGUCGUUCAUCAGCCUCCUCGACACCAGCGCCGCCCUCAACUCCAACUCCAAGCUCACUUUCCAAUACAGAAAUGCACGAAUCCAAUACAUCUUUCUCACAGCUAUAUCAACCACUUUAUCCUUCAUAUAGAAGCCAGUAUCUAAAUUAUAGUCCAAUGCAACCGUCUACACCACAGUCAACACUCACUUUGCCAACUACACCACCACCAUCUUUGCAGCCGCCACUUCAACACAUACUAUCACCAACUGGUUCUACAUCGAAUGGGGCCACAUCGCCUACGUUGUCAACGCGACAAUAUAUUCCAAUUGCACCAUCUCCGUUGACCAAUGCUUUGAAUGCGAAUCGACCAAUGACAUUGUCACCAUCGUCUUCGACUCCAAUGUACGCGCCGUCCACAUCGCCAGGUUUACAAUAUAUACAUCAACAGAAUCAGAGUACAGAUGGACAUGGCAAUGAUUUUUAUAUUCGAUAA